GGCUGCUGUUGUCAGAUUGUGGACUGAAGAAUUGGCAGCAGCCCAUACAAUGUAGUUCUGCUCCUCAACUAUAAGUUUACUAGGCCAAGUGGAAUAAACCGUUUAGGACGGUGCAUAAAAGUUUCUAUGCUUUUUCACACAGAAAAAAAAAAAGAAAAGAAAAAAGAACGUAUUUUGUUAAAGUAAUUAGUUAGGGAAAACUUCACUAUCAUCACAAAAGAAAGUAGCUGACUAGCUAGCGAGUGUGCUAAAUCAAAAUAUUUGCAUACAAACUUUAUUUUUUGACGGCUAAGCUGGACGAAAACCUUUGCUGGAGUAUCAGCUGUAGGUAAACGCUGGAGUUUGCGAGAUUGGUGAACUUUUAAAAGACUUUUGAAAGCACAAAGCGACUGUGGGAAUGUCGUGUCGGAGUGGAGUGGCCCGGGUGGGUAAUCAAGGACUGCAGCCCCUCCGAGCCACGGUCCCGUUUCAGCUCCAGAACCGAACAGCACCGCGCUGCAAAGACACCAAAGCAGCAGAGUACAAGACGAAGGGUCGCCCGCCGAAGCCUACCUUGCGACGGACGUUGUCUCUGGACACUUUGGUGGGACCGUACCUUCAGGGCAACUGGCCUAGAGAACCAGAGUGUCAGCCGGUUACCUGUGUCAAUGACAAGGCCACACAGACUCCCAGUUCCUGGAUAGAGGAGACGCGGGGGCGGAGAGGGAGUGGUGGUCAUAAGCGCUCGGCAUCAUGGGGUAGCGCUGAACACCUCAGAGAGGUUGCUAAGCUUCGGCAAUCCUUACAGAAACGCUCCAGACAUGCACCUCCUGCCAUGGACUGUGACCACACACACCAACACGUUCACAACAGCCAAACACACACGCCUGGAAGUACACAGACGAUGCCUCUUAUUCCACUGAGCCGACUGGCCCCCAGACUCAGACGCAGUGUUGAAGGACUAAAUCUGGAGCUGGAGGGAGUCUUUGUGUCUGAAACAGCAAAAGAACAGCACAAAAUUCUCGAGGUACCAGAUGGUCACAGAGCCCCCGUCCCAGCUCAGAGGUACAGCAGCGCUUCACAGAGCGACCCUUCUCCUGCCCAGCUGUCCCCCUCAUACUCUCCCUGCACCAUCACAGACACCGAUAUGGUUGUGUGUGGGCCGCUCUGUCCGCCUUCCUCCCCUCCUCUAUGUAUUUCUGAGCCACCAUCUUCUUCUCCUCGUCCCAACAAGACAUAUGUCUUUCAGAGAGAACCUCCAGAGGGCUGUGAGAGAGUACGUGUGUCUGAGGAGGCCAUCCUUCCUUGUCAUGGAAAUGCUCCUCUUCAGCCUUCCUGUCCUGACCCCAACAAGGUGAAUUUUACACCUCACGGUGGCUCCGCCUUCUGUCCCGUCAGUCUCCUCAAGCCCCUCCUCCCUUCUAUGGACCUGUUAUUUCGUGGCCUGUCUGUUUCACCCGUCACUGGCUGUUCGGCUCAGAGCGCUGCCCCCUGCCAGCCGCCGGGACAUGCUGUGGGUGGUUAUUUGAGCGGCACCCUCCCAGACCCUACCACCACCUCUCUGUGAAUGGAGGACAUUCAUGGCGAGAAAAGAAAAACUAAAGAUGGCUGUGCCUUUGUCCCAUCUCAUCAGCAACUUUGACAUCAAAGCGUCUCAAAGAGAAGAAACUGCUCAUGCCAUCCACUCAAUAACUGAUUUGUUUUGAUCGGCACAGAGAGGGGAAAAAAUCAUGAUGGAAGAACAAAACGGAGAACUUUUCUUCAUCUAAAACUACGGUGGACUCUCUCCGAUGUGAUUUGUUGGCGACUUUUUGACCUCAGGACACUCCACUUGGCACUUCAUUUCGUUUCACAUUAUAGCAUUUACCUAUUGCUAUAUUUUCCAUAAUUUCUAUAAAAUAAUACUGAUGCCUAUUCAUCAUCUGUGUGUGAAUAUAUUUUUAGCUCUGUCAGAAGAGUCAUUCUGAACAGAUUUUAGUCUAUCAGACAGACUAUAAAACACAUGCGUUUUAAGCCUGAUCCACUCCGUGAUGAUUUUACAGAGACUGUGGUUGAGAAACGUGUUUCUUAAUUCAGUAUUUACGCAGACACAGGUCUUUACUGCAUGCUGGACUUUUUUGCCAACAUGAAAGAGGCAGUAAUAGACCAGAGAGUCUCUUAUCAGCUGGUGUUUUUGAAGGCUGGGACUGUUUUGAAUACUCUCAGCAUGUCUGUUUAGUACUUUAAAAUAUAUACAUUUAGACAUUAUUAAGUACAGCUCUGAACUGUUGGUGUUUAAUGAAUGCCACCAAAUGUUCCGUGAAUAGCUAUUAUCCAUAAUCUUACAAAGUUUGUCAAAAAUGUCCCAUCAUAUUUCACUGCCAAUCAAAAGAAAAAGUAAAAAAAAAAAAAAAAAAAAUUUGUUUAAUUGUCAUAAUUGUAGGACAAGUAAGGGGCAUAUUUUGUAACUUUAUUAAAGUUAAAUAAAUAUUUGUAUAUGUAUGUAUAAAAUAGGUACUAUGAUAGAUUAUUUUAUCUUUUGAGAUUGGAUUGAAAUAUGAUGGGGAUAUUUUCUUAAUAGAUUCUGUGAGAUUCACCGACCCAGAGAAACUGUGUUUACAGUUAUAUUGUAAUGAGUGAAAGGCAGAGGCUAUUAUUACUUGUUUAUUCCGAGGUCUUCAUGCAUUGUGGGCUGCUAACACUUAAAUUUGGUGUAAGACAAGAAUACCGACGGGACCCCAUUAAGGGUUUAUUUUGCUACGCACUUGAUAAGUGUGCUGUAUAUUUUACUGAAUUUCACUUCAGACUUGACUACUAAUCUUACCCACAGUGGUCAUAUUGUUCAGUUCCUUUGAGCACAGGCUGGUUCUACAAACACUUCACAUAAGACACAAGCAAGUUUGCUGCAUUCAGGUACAGUGUGUGCAUAUCAUAAAGAAGAAUGAUACUUCCAGCAAAUUGUUGUUUGCUGACAUUUAAAGCACUGUUAUUGUCCCAUAUAUUUGCAUGGAUUGUGUCUCAGUCUUGGCAUCAUCCAUAGUUUUUUACGUUCUCACUUGUUACCUUGUUCUGUAAGGGUGCUGUUUUGUUGACAUUGUUCUCAGAUUGUUUGUCUUGAGUACAGUUAUUGUACACCAAACCUGUUUUGUCUUCUAUAUUGUAAAUUUAUGUUACUCAAGAGUUUUGGCUGCCAUAAAUGAGAAGCACAGAUAAAUAAGAGUGUGUUUGUUGU